AUGGUCACCCUCUUCACCAUCCCGAUCGCCUCGACCGGCGGCUCCAUCGUGUGCACCAAUCCUACCGCCCAGGGCCAGGACAAGCAGCAUGUCUACCUGCUCACAUUUACCUCGCCAAAGGAUAAUCGGCUAACCCCGGCAUUCAUCGACGCGAUGAUCCUUGCGCUCGACAUCAUCGAGCAUCGCUAUCCGAAGGGCGUUGUAAUCACAACCAGUGGCAUCCAGAAGUUCUACAGCAAUGGCCUGGAUCUGGAAGUUGCAACCAGCACCGAGGGAUUCCUCGACAAGUGGCUCUGGCAGCUGUUCAGGCGGUUUUUAACCUUCCCCAUGCCUACGAUCUGUCUACUGAACGGGCAUGCUUUCGCGGGCGGAUUCAUGCUCGCCAUGUACCACGAUUAUCGAGUACAGAACCCAUCGAAGGGCUUCCUCUGUAUCAACGAACUCGAGUUUGGGGUGCCGCUCCAAACGCCGAUGAUGAGCAUUUUCCGUGAGAAGUUGGUCCCAACCACCUUCCGGAAUGUGGUUCUCGAAGCCCGUCGAUUUGGCGGAAAGGACUCCUUGCAAGCCGGAAUUGUCGAUGCUCUUGGCGGACUGGAGGAGACUCUUGCCCUAAUCCGCGACCGUAAACUGCUCAACAAGGCCGACACGGGUAUCUAUGGAACAAUGAAAGAUGAAAUGUACUCCCGCGUAUUGAAUGGCAUUGACGAUCAUUCUGGGAAUUUGGCAUGGCGGGAUCGAGUUGAAGACAGGAAGGCAAACCUGCAACACCACGGCCUGCAGGCCGUGGAGCAAUGGGAGAAGAAUAACAAGGCAAAGCUAUAG